CACUGGCCACGUAUCAUCGUACCCCCGUUGAAGAAGCAUGGGCACAUCAUCAUGGAUUCCUGUGCACCAACUGGUCGUCUGACCCGACUUAUUGUCCCAAAGAGUCAAGGUAAGCAGGCAUACCGCGAUGCUCGCAAAGCCAUGUGGGGUGACCUCUGGGCACUGGGCACGAAGAAUAAGGGAGUGGCGAGGGAUCUCAGACUAUCACGCAGAUCUCGCCUAAACCAGGGUAAGGAAGAGGACGUACCUAAGGAUGAACAAGAGUCACCCGAGGAUGAGGAGGAGCUGGCGGCUGCGAUGGAAACGUUGAAUAAGAUGGAUGAGGAGGAGCGGACGGGCAAGAAGAGCAGAGACGAGACUUCUGAAAAGGGAGGACUCAGAGACCUACGUGGUGACAGUAGGGACAACAAGAAGAGACGAGAAUGGGUCAGGAAGACGAUUGCUAAGGAGGCGAAGAAGGCGAAGAAGUCUGGGGCUCAGUUUGGAGUGAAUUUGGGACGCAGAGAUGCGACUGAGGAAGACAAGUAAUCUUGGAAAGUGAUUUGGCAUAGGUUUACCUGGAGUUCUUUGCAUAAUUGAUACACACUCGAUUCUCACUC